GCUAGUUAUGAUGUAUGCUUUUUUGUUGUCUCAUCGAGGAGGAGAUCUGCUCCGACGAGCCUCUCCGCGGCGACUUAGAUUUAUUUCAGAAGACCGGAGAUCAGCACCAACACUCACCCCCUCAUCUGUUCCGCUCAACCGUCGCUGCUCCCCUUCCGGCGACCCGAGCUCCUGUCAACGUCAACGGAACAGCAUCGCUCAAGCCUGUGAGAUGGGCCUAUUUGCUUGUAGAUUGGGCCUGAGAACACUAAUUGUCUUUUUACCGGUGGGUUCACUGGGCUCGUUGUCAUCUUCAUCACCAUACUCAUCACCAUCAUCAUCAUCAUCACCUGCCUUCUCUCGAAGAAGUGUUUCCCCUUCUGCCCAUGUGCGAAGGUGUAUUUCCAAGUCUAUAACCGUCUUGCUAUCUUGUGGAGCGGUCCGUUCGGGGCCUGAAGAUGCUGCGGAUUUCGUUUCGACGAUAUUCCGAGGUGCGGAUUGGAUAUCAACGUCACUUUUCAAUGUGACUAAAUUUCAACCUUCCGGCACUGCCGUGAAUUUGACGCAUUCAAGCUUUGCUAUGAAUUCGCUGUCUCUUUAUCUUAGAGGUUUCUCUAAAUCUAUCGUUUGUGUUGUAUGGUUUUAUGUUUGUAGUUCUAUGAACUCUUGUAGACUUUAAGUUUUUUUAAUGAAAGUGGUGUUCCAAAAAAAAAAAAAAAAAAAAAAAGUUUUACCAUGGGUCUAUAAA